AUGGCAAAAAGUCUCCUUUCCAUCCAAUGCAUGCAAUCUCUGAGAUGUACCCAAUCGUGGGCGUCUUCUGUAGACUGGCGGCAGCGAGAGUCAGAGAUACGGGAAAUGAUUGCAAGCAUCGCUCACAAGAUUAACAAGCUACAAGCAUGGGAGAUUCGUAGACGAUUGGCACGUUCCAACAGGGAUCACCAGAAAAAACGCAGCCUCCAUCUGGCAUUCCGCCAUUCGAAACGGGCGGCAUCGCUUUCAAAUGCUGAAGUGUACAUGGAUGAGGAAUCAGCAACUCAUGUAGAGGCUGAAGCUCAUUUUGGGGAGCUUGACAGUGCACGUCAAUACUCAGAACUACACAGAGAGGCAAAUGAUACACCACACUUGCACCUCCUCCUGAUCUACUCAUUGACUGUCCUUCCAGGCCUGGGAGACCUAGGGUAUGCAAUGGAUGUGGAAAUGGCAGCGGUACCUACCAACUGCAGAGAAGACGAUGACGCACAGACGACCUCUGAAGUUCUUGCACUAGGCGUCGACACUGUUGAGCAGUAUCUCAGUUCCCUCCUGCUGACGGCCGACAGAUAUCUAGAGCGCGCCAAGAGUCAGCGAAUGGAAAAAAUUCGGGAACGGAUAUUAAGGCCAUAA